GUCACGCAAUUACAACAGCUCCUCGGAUCGGAUAACGAAAAAGAGAUCACAUCGGACUUACUGUCCAAGUGAAACAAUAUCGUUUAUGUUUGUUUCGUAAAGAAAAAGUAUAUAAAUGAGUUACCUUGGCUUCUUUGGCAGACAUUGCGUUGGUCAUCGGAGAAUACUUGGAAAUCCAACAUGGCGUCGUCUUCUUUGCACAACUAGGCAGGCUACAACUGCAGCAGCAGAACUUAAAAGUACUUUUCAAUCCAUUCUUGGUGAAGAUAAUGUUUCCUCAGCUCUAGCAGUACGAGAGCAACAUGGAAGAGAUGAAUCCUAUCACAAAUGUCACCCUGCAGAUCUAGUUGUUUUUCCAUCAAAUACAGAAGAAGUCAGUGAGAUUGCUAAAGUCUGUUACAAGAAUGGAAUACCAAUGGUUCCUUAUGGCACUGGUACAGGACUAGAAGGUGGAAUUGUGGCUGUUAAGGGAGGAGUCUGCAUUGACCUAGGAAAAAUGGACAAGAUUUUAGAAGUAAACGAAGAAGACUUUGAUGCAACAAUUGAGCCUGGUGUAUCAAGGGAACAUCUAAAUGCCUUUGUCAGAGAUACAGGCCUUUGGUUUCCAAUAGAUCCUGGUGCAAAUGCAUCUAUCUGUGGAAUGUGUGCAACUAGUGCCUCAGGAACAAAUGCUGUAAGAUAUGGGACAAUGAGAGAAAAUGUACGUAAUUUAGAAGUAGUGUUGUCUGAUGGAACAAUCUUUGACACUGCUGGCAAAGGAAGAAGAACGAGGAAAACAUCAGCUGGUUAUAACCUGACAAACCUGUUUACAGGAUCAGAGGGUACAUUGGGUAUUAUCACUAAAGCAACAAUAAAACUGCAUGGAAUUCCGGAAGCUACUGUAAGUGGAGUUUGUUCAUUCCCUGAUGUAAGGUCAGCAGUUGAUACAUCAAUAGAAAUGCUUCAAGCAGGAAUACCAGUUGGAAAAAUGGAAUUUCUUGACGAUGUCCAAGUUGACGCUUGCAACAGAUUCUCAGGCCUUGAUUAUCCCGUUCAACCAGCUCUUUUCUUGGAAUUUGUCGGCUCUGAGAGUAGCGUUGAAGAGCAAGCUGUCAUUGCUGGUGAGAUAAUAUCUGGCAAUGGAGGAUCAGAUUUUCAGUGGGCAAAAGAAGCCGAGCAACGAAACAAAUUGUGGAAAGCUCGUCACAAUGCAUGGUACGCAUGUUUGGCGCUUCGCCCCGGCUGCAAAGGUGUCUCCACUGACGCUUGUGUUCCAAUAUCAAGGUUGACUGAAAUAAUUGUCGCUACCAAGGAAGACAUUAUCGCUUCCAAUCUUACGGCGCCAAUGGUUGGUCACGUGGGAGAUGGUAACUUCCAUUGUGUUUUGGUUUUUGAUCCAAAAGUAAAGGGAGAACUUGAAAAUAUUAAAGCCUUCUCGGAGAGACUAGGAAGACGCGCCCUAUCAGUUGGUGGGACAUGCACAGGAGAACAUGGAAUCGGUAAUGGAAAGCUGAAACUACUGGUGGAAGAAAUUGGACCUGCAGGAAUCGAAGUAAUGAAAAACAUCAAAAGGACUUUGGAUCCAAAAAACCUUAUGAACCCUGGAAAGGUUCUUUAUAUGUGAAGAAGGAAGUUAGUCACGAAAAACCAUUGCAUAUCCGCGUCGUUCCACGUCGUUCCACGUUAAUGACUUUACGAAGUCAAUGAGUACAAUAAGAGUUUAAUGUUACAAAAAAAAAUUUAUCCACAGCUCGUAAUUUUCGCGUUUCUUUCUGCAGUAGAAGACUGUUAACUUGCCAAAUUGAUCAAUCUGGUAAACAGUAAUUACUCCAUCAACACACUGAAUAAAUGGAAAAUCUAUAUUUAUAGUUAUACCUUUGUAAAUGAUACCAGCUUUUUAUAGAUUUUAGAAACACUAUAGAAAGCUAUUGAGAAGUAAUGCUAUAACUUUAUUAAUGUUCUCUCUUUUGUUCUGCACCAGCAGACUGUUAACUUGCAGAAUUGAUCAGUCUGGUAAAAUCAGUACUCUAUGAACAUACUGAAUAAAUGGAAAAUCUAUUUGUAGUUAUACCUUUGUAAAUGAUACCAGCUUUUAUAUAUUUUAGAAACACUAUAGAAAACUAUUGAGAAGUAAUGCUAUAACUUUAUUAAAGUUCUCUAAUGAUACAGUUUUUAUAAUCAAAUAGCUAUAUUUUGGGAGGGCUGUGGGUUAUUAAAAGUUGGAAKGAAUGAGACAUACAAUUGAUAUUGUCAAAAAGUUUUAAUGUACCUAGAAAGUCAUAUAAGCUUUGAGUAGGUCAAUGCAGGGUAUUAUAAAACUAAAACAAACUAGAUAAAGUAUGACAUCUUCAAGUAUAAUUAAAAGAUAACAAAAUUAAAAGAGGCUUAAAUACAUGUAAUGUUUCUUUCAAUAAUUUCAUCAUUAUACAGCCACAUUUUCUUUAUGGUAGUAUAAUGCAUUCUCCUGGCAGUGGAUGGCCUAACAAUUUGAAUAAAUUUUAUAAUAAUAGAAAUUUGCAUUGUUUUCUUCAAGCUUUGUAAUAUACUCCASUGAAGUGCAUUUAUAAACCUAUGUUAGGAAUACUGUGGCAUACAGCUUGUUGUUUGAUUUAAAUCAAUAAAUGAAAAUCCAUUUGUG